AUGACCGAUUCGUCAACGAUCCCACCACCAACAAUGCAUGCCUUGCAAGUGACUCAUUAUGGACCAGCAGAGGAAUCGCUAAAGUACGUUGAGAUCAAGACCCCUUCCAUUCGUAACCCCACUGACAUUCUGGUCAAGGUCAAAGCUGCUGGAGUCAACCCUGCAGAAACCAAGUAUCGUUCAGGCAACGUAUCCAACAUGCUCUUCAACGCGUUGUUCAAGUCUCCACCAGCAAUCAUUGGAGGUGAUUACUCGGGUAUCGUGGUCGCCAAGGGCUCAGCCGUAAAGGAUUUUGAGGUUGGUGACGAGGUCUAUGGUUCCUUGGAAAUGCCGGUUGGCAUGGAAUAUGGUUCAUAUGCUGAAUACCUUGUUGCCACCCUUGGCAAAGGAGCAAUCAUGAGGAAACCAAGCAACAUGUCAUUCGAAGAAGCCGCUGCUGUUGGUGUUGCCAGCAUCACGGCUUUCCAAGGCAUUGUUGUUCUAGGAAACCUGCCUAGCAGUGGCGAAGAGAAAAUCCUCAUCAUUGGUGCUUCUGGUGGUGUUGGCACGUAUGCUGUUCAAAUUGGCAAGGCUAUUGGUGCAAAAGUGGUGGCCAUUUGCAGUGACAAGAACGCUGAAUUGGUAUCCAGCUUGGGUGCAGAUCGUGUGGUCGCCUACAACUUGCAACAAGACAUGGAUGAGUUGAAGAAGGAGUUGAAUACCUAUGAUUUGAUCUUUGAUUGCAUUGGUGGUGACGAUUACUACAAUCGUUUUGUGGGAUUGCUGAAAAAGGGAUCCGUAUACUCUACUGCCGUUGGUCCUCAAUCACAUCUUGGAUCGGAGAAAAUUGGUGUCCUGGAUAUCGCCAAGGUAGCAUUCACUGUGAUGGGACGCAUGAUUGCUGGAAGUCGUCCAUAUCGUAUGGCAGCGGUGCAUGUGCCAUGGGAUCGGUUUGCUAAAGAGGUACAUCCAUUAUUGACCAAUGGUUCUAUCAAGAGUGUCCUUCGAGAGGAUCAAGUAUUCGACCUUAAGGAUGGCGCCAAAGCACAUUUGAAAAUUGAGUCUCAUCGAACGGUGGGAAAGAUUGUCCUUCGUGUCUAA